ACCUCUGAAACGUGACGUCGUUGUCAAUUGUCAACGGCAACAAACAGCUGAUCGCCUUGACACUUGACAGCAUUGAUCAAAACAAAAUCAUCCCCGUUAGUGCGUGUGUAUUUUUUAAGAAAAACAAAAGCAAAGCGUGUGUGUGUGUGUGAGAAAAAAAAAAUGGGCGACGAGGGGGCCGUGAUGGCGACCAACGACGACGCGUCCGAAUGCAAAAGGGGCGCGGUCCAACUCGGCUACUGGACCGACAACUACAUCUCGUACUUCGUGCGCCACAUGGAAAAAAGGGCCCCCGAGAUCAACCGGGGGUACUACGCCCGCGUGAAGGGCGUCGACACCUUCGUGCAAAAGUUCAUCAAUAGGGCGGGCAGCAACGCCCAAGUGGUGAACUUCGGGGCCGGUUUCGACACCCUCUACUGGCGUCUGAAGGACGAAGGGGUCGCGAUCUCCUGCUACGUCGAACUCGAUUUUCCCACGGUCACGGCGAAGAAAUGUUACACGAUCAAGAAGAACAAACCGCUGCUCGAUCGGAUUUAUCAGCAGGACGGCGAGGUGAAGUACAGCAGCACCGACAUGCACUCGGGGAACUUCCACUGUCUCGGGGUGGACCUGAGGCAGAUCAAGCAGCUGCAAGAGAAGUUGACCCAGGCGGAUAUCCGGUUCGAUAAGCCCACCCUGUUUUUGGCCGAGUGCGUUUUGGUUUAUAUCGAGAGCGACUGGGCCAGCAGGUUGCUCAAGUGGCUCUCGAGCACCUUCAGUCGAGCACUCUUUAUUAAUUACGAGAUGUGCCACAUGAACGACACCUUUGGGAACAUCAUGGCGGCUAACUUGAGGGCCAGGGGCUGUUUCCUGUCCGGUUUAAGUUACUGUAAGAGUCUGGAGAGCCAGAGGGGACGGUUUCUGGAUAGCGGAUGGACUGGGGCCAAGGCCUGGGAUAUGGUCGAGGUGUAUCACUCCCUGGACCCGAAAGAACGCGACCGGAUCGAGAAGAUCGAGUUUCUGGACGAGCAGGAGCUGCUGCUUCAACUGUUUCAGCACUACUGCAUCUGUAUCGGGUACAUGGGGGAGGAGUACGGGGAUUUUGAGUUGAAUUGAUGGGGGUGAGGUGCCGGGUUGUUGACUGUGAUAUUUUUGAUGAUCAUCGUGUAGAGUAGUAGCUCAUCGCCUGAGUACUUGGUGCCACCACUCCUCGUCCUCCUCCUCCUCUCCCCGCUGCCCCCCUUCCUCACCAUUUAUCAUUAUUAUUAUUAUUAUUAUUAUUAUUAUUAUCGGUGUGAUAUAUGUACUAAUUUUUGUGUAAUAAAGUAAGGUUUGUCUAGGAAA